GCCAUAGCCGCGGUAGCCCUGGCGACAAGAGCCCAGCAACAAGAAUCAACAACAACAACAACUGAAUCCGCCAUAAAAUUAAAAGAAGAUAUUUUACCAGUGGGAAAUACACACGUGGAACCAGAGGUAAUGAGACACCGAAAGGCUUGUUCCCGUCAAUGCUCCUCCCCCACAUCUCCACAUUUGCUGCACCACCAACAGGGUGAUUCCCAGCUCUUGUUAUGGCCACCUCAGGCUAUGUAGGCGAGAUCCAGCCGACAGCCCAACCCCAGGGGGCUGGUGUGACUGUCACACAGGGGCAACCUGAUGCCAGCUCCACACCUCCAACUGCUCCUCAGUUUCUGGCUGAGAUCCAGACUACUGUGGUCACUCCCACUGUUGUCACACCCACAGGCCAAACUACUCCCACCGAUCAAGCCACCUCCAUCACAGCGCAGAAGCCCGUAGCUGGUAAUCAGACUCAGUCUGCAGCACAGGCCCAGCCAGCCCAGACACAGUAUGUGACUGCAGAGAUCCAGGGCUCCCCCUCGCAGUCUGGAAAUGCUCAAAGCACUCCUCAGUAUAUUGUUGUCACAGUCACAGAGGGCUCCCUUCACUCAAGUGACAGUGUGUCAGACUCCAGCCCCCCUCCAGCUGUGGUGCAGACAGGAGUUCCCACGCAGGUUGUUCAGCAGGUACAAGCGGCUCAACAGCAGAGGUCAGUUGUGCAGGCCACCUCUCAGAUAGCCAAGACUGAACCCGGCACCCAGCUCAGUGUCACCAGUCUACAGCCUGUUCAUAUCAGCCCGGAGGUUGAACCUCCCUCUGCUGGCUUCCAGCUCUGUCCUGGCACUGAGGUGACAGCGUUAGUCAGAGAUAACAGUCUAGAAGAAUUCCAGCUACUUCAUGAGAUAGGACAGUCAGAGUGCCCGGUAUCAGGAGACAGCAUACAGGAAUGGUACGAUAUUCCCCUCUUCCUCCCCUUGGACCUCCUUCAAUACUACCAAUCACUGAACUUGCUCUCUGUGCAUGUGGAGAGAGAGAUACAAGUUCACCCUCCAGUCACAAGCUCAUUCCUUGAUCAGCCACCACUGCAGGCUACAACUGCCACUGUCCAAGUCCAGCAGCAGCUCACCCCAGUGCCAGUGCAACAUGUGUACACCAAUCAAGUGCAGUAUGUGGAAGGAACAGACACCAACUACACCACCAGUACCAUUCGUUCCAGCACCUUCCCUUACACUGAUACACCUCUGUACACCCAGACCACAGCCACCCAGUACUAUGAAGGUCAGCCAACCUCAGGCUCACAGGCCUCCACCCCUGGCACACCUCUAACCGUCUCAGUGACUGCUGGCACAGCUGGGUCUGUGUCCAUGUUUGUGGCCCAGCCCACCAGUGCAGCAGGGGGAGGGGCCACUGUGGUGACCACAGGUGGUACCACCAAUGGGGCAGGGGAAGGGGCAGGCACCAACGGUGGCACAGCAAGCAGCUAUGUGAUCCAGGGGGGUUACAUGCUGGGCAGCAGCAGCGGAGGGGCAGCUGGCAACAGUCAGAACUACUCUCACACUGCCCGCGCCUCUCCAGCCACUGUGAGUAUUACAGAGGGCGAGGAGAGUAGCGUGCCGUCGGCAGACAAAAAGGUACAGUGGUUGCUGGACAACUAUGAGACAGCUGAAGGAGUGAGUCUGCCACGUUCGACCCUCUACUGCCACUAUCUGUUGCACUGCCAGGAGCAGAAACUAGAGCCUGUUAAUGCUGCAUCUUUCGGGAAACUUAUUCGAUCUGUGUUCAUGGGGCUACGCACACGACGCCUGGGCACACGGGGUAAUUCUAAAUACCACUAUUACGGGCUGAGGAUCAAGGCAGGCUCUUCUCUUCUCCGCCUAAUGGAGGACCAGCAGCAUCUGGCCAUGAGGCAGCAGCCCUUCUCACAGAAACAGAGGUUGAAGCCAGUGCAUAAAGUAGAGGGGAUGACUAAUGGCACAGCAGCCGGAGCAGGCCAGCAGCAGCAACAGCAGCAGGGCUCGGGGCAGGUGGACAUCAGCACCCAGGUGCAGCAGUACCAGCAGUUCCUUGAUGCAUCCAGAACUCUCCCAGAGUUCCCAGACAUUGACCUCCAGGGAAAGUCUCUGCCAGAAGGCAUUGAGCUGGAGCACAUUAAGAGCUUUCAGCUGCUGUACAGAGAACACUGUGAGGCCAUACUAGAUGUGAUGGUCAACCUGCAGUUUACCCUGGUGGAAACUCUGUGGAAGACCUUCUGGAGAUUCAGCCAGAGUCAGGCUGGAGAUGCCACGUUGGCUGUUCACGACGAGUCAGAGAAGCGUCUCCCUAAGUGCUGUCUGGUGUUGCUGUGCAAGUAUGACCCAGUGCUGCGCUGGAGCCGUGACUGUGACAACAGCUUGUACCAGGGCCUGGUGGAGAUCCUCAUCCCUGACGUCCUCAGGCCCAUCCCCAGUGCCUUAACUCAAGCCAUCCGUAACUUUGCCAAGAGCCUGGAGAGCUGGCUGACCAAUGCCAUGAUGAACAUCCCUGAGGAAAUGGUCCGCAUCAAGGUAACGUCAGCCAAUGCCUUUGCCCAGACACUGCGUCGCUACACUAGUCUGAACCACCUGGCCCAGGCAGCCCGUGCUGUCCUCCAGAACACAGCACAGAUCAACCAGAUGCUGUCCGACCUCAACCGUGUUGACUUUGCUAAUGUACAGGAGCAGGCCUCAUGGGUGUGCCGGUGUGAAGACCGCGUCGUCCAGCGGCUGGAGCAGAACUUCAAGCUGACCCUCCAGCAGCAGAACUCCCUGGAGCAGUGGGCUGCAUGGCUGGAUGGUGUCGUCUCCCAGGUCCUAAAGCCCUACCAGCACAGCCCUGCUUUCCCCAAGGCUGCCAAGCUCUUCCUGCUCAAGUGGUCCUUUUACAGUUCCAUGGUGAUCCGGGACCUGACCCUGAGGAGUGCAGCCAGUUUUGGUUCCUUUCACCUCAUCCGCCUGCUGUAUGAUGAGUACAUGUACUACCUGAUAGAGCACAGAGUGGCCCAGGCUAAAGGAGAGACCCCAAUUGCUGUCAUGGGAGAGUUUGCCAGUCUAGGUCGGGGUCUAAGCCAGUUGGAUCCUGACAAAGAAGAGGAAGAGGAAGAGGAGGAGGAGAGCGACGAUGAAGGACAGGAGCUGUCCCUUCCCUCAGAUGGUCCUGUGCUGGGAGAGGAGUCUCUGGAGCCACCUGCUAAGCUGGCCAGAACAGAUCAGAGAGUCCUCUUCACCACCGGAUCAGCUGAAAACUAGUCACAUAGUAACACUACUAGAUGGAGUUGUUGAUGUUGACACACACACACACAGACAAAGAUGUACAAUUAAUACUAAUUUAUACACUCCACACAUGUAUAUAUUUCUUGUAAAUGUGUGUGCACAUCUCGCUGCAUACUGUCCCGAUUGUUUACGCACACACAAUCAAAACACAUGCUCAGUCAGUACUGCUGCUGCCUGGAUGGCACAACCACCUGUUGGAACCAUUGAUUACACAAUCACUGGCAUGCAACAGGAUGUGGCUUCAUAAAACCAGAUCCUUUCAAUGCAAAGACAACACAGAGCAUUUUAACCCUCUGUUGUGUUAAUCUGUAAAAACGAACUAAAGCCAGGCAUGUUUUUUUGUCCCUCUCAUUGCAUUGCAAUGCUGUAGCCUUGCUGUCUCCUUGCUGAGAAACCUGUGCUCACCCCAGAUCCUCCUAAAUCUGUCACUGCCGUGUCAAAGUGGUCUUCAAAAUACUGUGAUGUGUGUGUAACGAUAUCUACAGGAGGAGGGUGCAAAGUGGACCUUCAACUGUAAACGGUUGCUGAAUUUACUGAUUCAUUAAAUGCUGUGGGGAAGUUGUGUUGUUCAGAAGGAAAGAGACUUGUAAAAGACAGCAGGCGGUCAGGGUUUCUGGUUGGGUUUGUCUUGUUUUUGUGUGCGUAUUUUCUGUAUGAGCGCUGUGGUCACACCGCUCUGCUGUCACUUCUGGUGGCUGACUGCUUUUCCAUGAUGGUGUCUAUACAGCAUACGUGUGUUUCUGGUUGUGUGAUUGUGAGUCACGCCAAGUGUGGACUGUUUCUUUUGUAGAUAUUUUAAGGCAUUCAGGUUUUGAUUUGGGAGUUGUGUGUAGAUUCCCUGUUUGGUUUUAUCCGCCUGUAAAGAAAAAAACAUUCUUGUGUUCUUGGAGUGCCUGUCGCAGCUGCUACACACACUUGUAAAGAUAAAGCUACGGCCGUGGAAUUGGGGCUCCCAUUAGUUGCUGCAAAAAUCCUCUCUCUUUUCUUGAACAUCUGGUUCCAUGAGAGAGGUGCUGUAUCUGUACGUGUCAUAAUUUUAUGUUGAAAUGCUCCAGUCAUGUCCAUCCAAUACAUUCCUCUGGGGCCUCACUUUCCUUUAACAUAUCAUUUUCUUGCCUUAUUUAAAUAUAUUUUUCCAUGUGUGUGCCAAACCUGUUUCCUUUUUUCCCAGAUCCUGUUGUUUUUAAUCUCUUUCCAUGUUUUAAGGAGGACUGUGCCUGAGUAAGAACAGUGAUAUACUUAUAUUCUACUGUAUAUUUAUCCACUAUUUUGAAUUUUGUUGUCACUAAGUGAACCUCUUGUGCAGUGUAUGGUGCUGUGUUGUCACACAUUGUAAGCAGCCUUUGUGUGCAUUAUUGAUUUGUGAUUGUUCGUUCAGUUAUCAAUCCUAUAUCAUAUCUUAUGACUUUUCCACAAACAGGCUAAGGCCCUGCCUCUUUGCACAUAUUGACUGUUGUCGAGAAAACUCCGACAGAGUUAUCUGAAAUGUCUUUCAUUUUCUUUGAAGUCUGAGGUGUGUUUUUGAUGGUGGGGGUGCAGGUGUCAGAUUUCUUGCAGUUGCUCAUACCACUCGCCGCAUUUGAGAGAAUUUGGUGAGAGAUCUGAUAACUCUUCCUGCACAGUCCUCCACCGACACUCAUCCCCCUCCACUGUGCUUUCAUCUCACUGCAUUUCCGCCCUCCUGCCAAUGGCUUUGUUUUGCUUCAAACAUCCAUAUUCUUAAACACUGUUCAUCACAAUUGGUUGUUGUAAACAUGUCAUUUUUGAAUUUUUAAAUACAAUGUCUUUAAAUAGCUGCAAUGCACACGUUUUAAACAGGCAUUCGCAGCUUCAAACCAGCACAUCAUCCUUUAUAUGGAGUCUAACGCUACCACAGCUGAGUACAUAUCACUCCGGUCUUUUACUGAUCUACAGCAUAUAGAAUGGCCAUUGUUUACCCAGUAAUAAAAAAUGUUUAGUCAUUUU